UUGAACCCCGCCCUCACCAUGAUCGGUAAAUACUUCUUCAAGCGCCGUCCCAUCGCCAACGGCAUCGCCAUGGCGGGCAGCCCGGUGUUCCUCUCCACCCUCGCCCCGCUCAACACCUGGCUGUUCGACCAGUUCGGCUGGAGGGGCAGCUUCCUGAUCCUCGGGGGACUCCUGCUCAACUGCUGCGUGGCCGGCGCCCUCAUGCGGCCCCUCAAACCCUCGCCCCAAAAAGCCAAGCUCGACGCAGAGGCCAGCGAGGUGAAAGCCGUGGAGCCAGUCGCGCCGCAGCAGAAGAAGACCGUCAUGCAGACCAUCAACUCCUUCAUCGACCUGACGCUGUUCCAACACCGCGGCUUCCUGCUCUACCUCAUGGGGAACGUGGUCAUGUUCUUCGGCCUCUUCGCGCCGCUCGUCUUCCUCUCUAACUACGCCAAGAGUAAGGACAUCAGCAAAGAGAAGGCGGCCUUCCUGCUGUCCGUGCUGGCCUUCGUGGACAUGGUCGCCCGGCCCUCCAUGGGCAUGCUGGCCAACACCAAGUGGGUCCGGCCCAGGAUCCAGUACUUCUUCGCUGCCGCCGUGCUCUAUAACGGCGUGUGCCACGUGCUGGCGCCGCUCUCCGUGGACUACACCGGCUUCGUGGUGUACGCCAUCUUCUUCGGGUUUGCGUUCGGCUGGCUGAGCGCCGUGCUGUUUGAGACGCUGAUGGACCUGGUGGGAGCGCAGAGGUUCUCCUCCGCCGUGGGGCUGGUCACCAUCGUGGAGUGUGGGCCGGUGCUGCUCGGACCACCGCUGACAGGAAGUUUCUAUAACUACUACGAGCACUACGACUACACCUACGUCUCCUCCGGCAUCAUCCUCAUCGUCGCCAGUGGGAUCCUCUUCGUAGGAAUGACCAUCAACUACCGCAUGCUGGCGCGGGAGAAGAAGGAGGAGGAGAGGAGAGAGAGGGAGGAGCCUAAGGAGGAGCUCACCGCCAUGUUGGCGCCUCCUUCUCCGUCAAAAUCUGACGAGGAGGCGGCGGAGAAGAAAGCACCUGAGGCCGUCGCCCUGGAGAACGUGGCCAGGAUGGACGAGGACACGGUGUAGAUUUAUUUUUUAUUUUUUAAACAGACCCAAGAUGGGCGCACACGCUUCACAGAAACCGAAACCCACGCCGUCUUUAUAGAGAGGUAAAUCCCUGAAGCCAUAGACACCUAAGUUUAUCUUUAAGAACAGAGACAGCUGCUGUGACGUGAGCUCGCCAAGGAGCUUUCACCGAGUCCUUUUGGUGACCUCGAGUCCUCCAGGAGCUCACACACUCUAACACACCAGCUAAACGUUAUCCGAACACCUGAUAGACGCACAGCAGACAGAAUGACUUUAAGAGAACAUUUUAGGAUACUAAUCUCAGGGUGCCAUUACGGUUUAGAACCUCACUCACAAACAUGCAUGACAUCCACCCAAACUGAGGCCAACAGUUUCCUGCCAUUGCUUCACUCGUGCAGGGCUGGACAUAAAGGAAAGGACACGUUGAUAUCACAGUAGAGCUGUUCAUAGGUUCAGCGUGACAUCUUGUUUUUAAUGUAGAUUUAUGCAUAACAAAUGUACAAUUUGGGAGAAAUACGUCCAGAAGUCAUAUUUUUAACUCUUAGAAACAAAUAAAUGGGAAAGUAAGGAGGUUAAAUGUAGGUACAUUUUGAGAGGUCUGAAGGGUCACACUGA